AUGGCUGAAGUCCCAGAUGAUGACGACUCUGGCCCCGAAGAAAAAGGUGAAGGGCUGGAGCCCGAGAGGCCUGAACCGCCUGACCUCGGUGAACUGUAUAAAAGUGCCGAACCAAACGCCACGGCAGAGGCAGGCCCGGAGCCACCCACGCAGAUUGAGACCGAGGAAAAGAGCUUCAAGGAGGGGAAGUCGGAGAAUGCUGAGAACGUGCGGCUGAAAGCAAGACGGACGUCCGAGAAAGACCCUGCCAAGGGGUCCCAGAUGGACCUACUGAGAGAAAUCGAGCCAGGAAUUCCUCAGGUCAAGUCGGAGACAGUCGGGGAGAUGGGAGGGGAGCUUUUCAAAGAUCUGGAGGGCGCUGCGGAUGAAAAGAGUGAGGAUCCACACCUAGAGCCACCAGAGGAGGCGAAACCAAACGUCACAGAGGAUGUCCUCCUGGGGUCAGUCACAGAAACAGGUCCAGCACGACCAACGGAAGCCGUGUCCAAGUUACUAGAGGAAACUGAACCGGAGGCUCCAGAGGAAUCACUUGGAAAGCAAGAUGAAGAGACAGGCCUAGAGCCUCCAGAGCAGAUCAAACCAGAUGUUCCAAGUAAGAAACCAAGAGAAGCAGUUGAAGAGACAGAUUUACAGCCAACAACGAUGACCAAACCAGAGAUUCCAGAGGAGACACAGAGGGAGUCGACUGAGGAAGAAAGCACAGAACCACCUCAGCAGACCAAACCAGCGUUUCCAGAGCAGAAACCAAGAUCGUCUGCUGAGGAAGCAGAUACUCAACCUCCAGAAGAGACUAAACCAGAGAUUCCAGAGGAGACACAGAGAGAGCCAAUUGAGGAGAAAGAUCUAGAGUUGCCACAUGAAGCCAAACCAAGAAAGACACAUGUAGAAUUUCCCAAGGAAGAUGGGCCAGAACCAGCCAAAUCUAAGUAUUCUGUAGACAGGGAUGUGCUAGAGCACCCCGAACAUCAGACUGGAAAGGUGUCAGAAACAGCCACUGAAGAACAAGGACUCCACAAAGAGCUUAACAUCAGUAAAGAAUCGAAUUCACAUUCCCCAGAGUUUCAGACAGAAUUAAGAGAGCCCAUUAGUGGAAAGAAAGUUCUAGAUCUCUCCCAAGAGCGGAAGGAACUGGUACCUGAAGAUAAAAACACCCAGCCCAAAAAAAGGACUAAGUUACAAUUUGAGUAUCUUAAUUGGGACCCAGAGAACGUCGCAGAGUGGAUUAGCCAGCUAGGCUUCCCUCAGUACAAGGAGUGUUUUACCACCAACUUCAUCAGUGGCCGAAAACUCAUCCAGGUAAACUGCUCCAACCUCCCCCAGAUGGGCAUAACCGAUUUUGAGGACAUGAAGGUAAUUUCUCGGCAUACGCGGGAGCUACUGGGAGUUGAAGAGCCAUUAUUCAAACGCUCCAUCAACCUUCCCUAUAGGGACAUUAUUGGCUUAUUUUUAGAGCAAAAAAGUCAUAUUGGGAUAAAAUCUGAUUCCUUGACCUUAUCUGAAUUUAUCAAAGCAGCAGGAUUACAGGAUUACGAUCCACAAAUGACUGCCCCUGAAGAAAAUGCAGCGUUACCUUACACUGAGCUGUAGGGGAGAGCCAUUUCCCCUAGUUUGAAAGAUCACACUAAAUUACUUGGGGGAA